ACAAAAAGCACCUGUGACACACGCUGGCUCGUCUCUCUCUCGCUCUUUAACUCUCCUAUUUCUCUCUCUAGAAAUUUUGAGGCGCAUGACUUUUGUAGUGAGUCUUGUUCGUCACACUCUUCCUUCAGUCCAUGGCUAAAACUCGCGCCAAUCGUCGAACCCUAGAUUUUUACACGGUUAAAUCCAUCAACAAAACCGUCCGAGCCGGAGACUGCGUGUUGAUGCGACCGUCGGAGUCGUCAAAGCCGUCGUACGUAGCUCGAGUUGAGACGAUUGAGUCGGACAGCAGAGGCGGCAACGUCAGGGUUCGCGUCCGGUGGUACUACCGGCCGGAGGAGUCGAUCGGCGGUCGACGUCAAUUUCACGGCUCAAAGGAACUGUUCCUGUCCGAUCACUACGAUACACAAAGCGCCGACACAAUUGAAGGCAAGUGUACGGUCCACACAUUCAAGAGCUACACAAAACUCGACGCCGUUGGCAACGAAGAUUUCUUUUGCCGAUUCGAGUACAAUUCUUCUACUGGAGCGUUUAAUCCCGACAGAGUUGCCGUGUAUUGUAAAUGCGAGAUGCCUUACAAUCCGGAUGACCUCAUGGUUCAAUGCGAGGGCUGCAGUGACUGGUUCCACCCUACUUGCAUAGACAUGACGCCUGAGGAAGCCAAGAGACUUGACCACUUCUUUUGCCAAAAUUGCUCCUCUGAAGAUCAGAAGAAAUUGCAAAAUUCUCAUGCUACUUCAAGACUUUCAGAUACAAAGGUUGAAUCCAAACGCCGACGGAGGUGAUACUGCUGCAUAUGCUGGAGGAACUGUAACAUUUCUCUUAUUUUGCCAACAGAUGCAAGCAAACACUGAGGCUAUUAUAACUGCAUCAGAAGCAACUAUCAUUUGGACUGAUGUAAAGGGAAACUGGGUGAAACUUUGUGUUGUCUACUGGUUUGAUAGGCAUGCACCUUGUUUCCUUUAAGUAGGUCGAGGAAGUGUUUGGCUGUGUGUAAUUAUGUACUGUAGGUUUUCUCUUCUGUUCUUCCACGUUGGAGUAUAUCUUAAUAGGGUGUUUAUAAUAAAGUAAAGUAGUUUAGUGUAAAUAGGUGCUGCCAUUUCCACGAGCAAUAACCCUGCUGUUAACAGUACCCUUUUAAAAACUACUGUUGGGUGUUUGGUACAUGUGAGAGGUUCAUAUACCUCUCUUUUCUUUUUUCU